ACUCUCGUUAAAAAAUCGUUUAAAACAACUGUGUCAGAGGGUUGCCCUUCAACGUAGUUUUCGAGGUAGCGUAACCGGUUAAUCUUCGUUGUCGAGUUCAUUCAUUUCAUGUGCGCUGUUGCAACUAGCCAGUAAAUACACAACGUUAAUUGAAGAAAUAUAUAGAUUUACCUGUGACACUAUGGCUGCUAAGCUAUUGCCUGUUCUAAAGUUGGCCACUAAGGUGACAAUUGCAGGAGGUGCUUUGUAUGUUACCUAUGAUUCUGGACUAUUAGGGGGAAGUGAGCAGGGCUCAGAGGUCCUUGGAAAAGCUAAAGCUGCUAUUCCCCCUGCAGUGGAUGAGUGGGUGAAGUAUUUUGGCUUUGAGCUUCCAGCCGUCCCAAAAAUGGGAUUCUCCCCUGUCGAAGCGUGGAACUCGGGGGUGCAGUCAUCCAUAUCUGCUCUCUCAUCGGGCCCUACAGCAUUAGGUGGCUACACCAACCAAGGCUUGCAGUACCUGAAAGACCUCACCAAAUGAAAAGUGACAUCCAGCAACUAGCAGACAUUUAAAUAACCUAAUUUCUGUUUUGGAUUGGUCCCUAUGCAAUCACAACCAAAUCCUCAGGAGUAAUAUGACUGGUGCAAAUACAUACAGCCCUCCUGUAAAAGUCGCUUGCUUUGAAUGCAUAGCACAUCAACUAUAAAAUGCAGUGGUACAGUAAAAUCAGUGGAAUUAGGCCAUGGCCAUUGUUGAUUUGUGGAAUGUGUAGUUGCUGAUAAUGCCAGAACUCAAUAUUUGCAUUCUAUUGGGAUGACAGUAAUUUGUCAACACAAGUAGAAUACAUUGCUUUAUGCUACUUUGUGAGUAAAAAAAAAGACUGAAUCUGGAUACCACAGCAAGACCUGCACCCAAAAGAAAUUACAACUGAUUGACAUGUAGUGUUAUGUCUUGUGUGCACAUUGUUAAUUGUACAAUUUAUUUUUCUCAAGACUGAUAUAUUUGGCAUGUUCUGACAUUGACCUGAUUCCAUAUGUAUCCCAUCCAACACAUUUUAUACAGACUUUUUCUGUAUGUGUAUAUAUUUCACUAUUUAAGAGUGUAAAAUAAACCUAAACAUGUCAGAUAUGA